GCAAGAGCAGCAGCAAGAGCAGCAGCAGCAACAUGCAGACCACCGUGAUCGCCCUCCUCGCCCUGGUGGCCGUGGCCGCCGCCCAGCAGCAGUUCGCCGCCGCGCCCAUCCCCAUCAUCAACCACGAGCUGGUCCGCGACGACUUCAACCAGUACGCCCUGCGCUACCAGACCGGCGACGGUGCCUCCUUCGCCGACCACGGCAAGCUGGUGCCCGGCCCCGAGGGCCACGUCCUGGUCAGGUCCGGCUCGCACGAGUACCGCGCCCCCGACGGCAGGAUCAUCAAGCUGACCUACACCGCCGACGAGAACGGAUACCACCCCGUCGGCGACCACCUGCCCGUCAGCGUGCCCGCCCAGUUCUAAGCCACCGCCACCGCCCCCAUCACCAGUGACUGACGCGCGAAGUCGUUUUCCCUGCAAAAGACAUCUUCUAUCGGAGCAAGUGAGGUUCGAUUAGAAUUUUGAAGGGGUACAAUUUGAUUUGAGUCAGGGUAAAUUUUUGAGAUCUUUUCUCUCCUGAAUCUAAUCCAAUCUCCUCCUUCAAAUUUGAAUCGAAUAGUUGACUCUCAGGUCAAUGAGUGCCCAUUGCCGGUAGAAGAUGUCCUUUGCAGUGAAAGUUUUACGGUACUUGUAAUAUAGACUAUGACUCACUCUAAUCGCCAUGUUUUCAAUUUUAAUUCGGGAUGAAAUCCAGUUUGAAGCGUGCACCAAAACUAACGUUAACUUUGGUUUUGCUCGCGAUUCGAAUUUGUUUUCAUACAGCUCUCUGCCAUCA